UGGGUGGGCCCCAAGUAGCAGGACUUCUUGGGUGGGCCGGCCCCCCCUUGCCACCCCCGAGCCCGAGGAGGAAGGCCUUAGGCGUGGGAGUCAGGUCCUGGGAUUCUCUUGCCAACCUUGAGUCUCCCCCAAGUCUCCAGACCCAGGAGGUGCUUGAGACACUUGGGUCUCGGGGGCCGGGCCAGCACCGGCCGGAUGGGGCAUCCAUUGUUACGGGAGCAGGCCCAGUCGGGGACCGGGGAGAAGCUCCUGACCCCCGGAGAGCGGGCCUGGGGGCGAGCGGCCUGUUCUUGGGUUGGGUCGGAGCUGAGGGAGGGAGCACAUGCCCGGGAACACGGAACGUGGGAGGUUAGAUCUGGGGGAACACCGAAGCACAGAAUGCCUGCGAUGGGUUAUCGGAGAACCAGGAGAGGCCUCAGAACCCAGAAUGCCAGGGCUGAGAGGGGCCUGAGAACCUAGAACGGUGUCAGAGCAGGGAAGGAUCAUGGAAGGUGGGAUGUUCAACAUGUCAGAGCUGAAAAGGGCUGUGAAGGCGGAACGUCAGAGUCUGAAGAACAUUAGAACUGGAGGAACCAUUCUGGGGAGGACGCAGAAGGGAGGGGCUUCUGAUGCUCGGAAGGACGGGCCACGUCUCAUAUGGGAGCCGCCUCUUUCCCGGAGCUGCCUUUCCCAGGCCAGCCCCUUCCAGCCUCUUUGCAGCCCCCUCCAGUGGGCACUUUGCCCGUCCCCCCGCCCCAUGUGCCCCCAGACCUUGCUGGCCCUGUAUAAGGGGCAGGGGAUGGGGGGCCUUCUCAUGCUUUUGUGCCUCAGUUUCCCAGGGGGCAAAUGUGACCCUCAGGACCAGGAUAUUGUGGACACAGCUCUCCGGGAGACAAGGGAAGAGCUGGGCCUGUCCAUCCAGGAGGAGAACGUGUGGGGCGUCAUGAAGCCAGUGGAUGACGGGAAAAACUCCAUCGUGGUCCCGGUCAUCGCCCAGGUGGGGCCCUUGGAGUCUCUGGACCUCACGCCUAACCCCCAGGAGGUGGAUGACAUUUUCACGAUGCCGCUGGCCCACCUGCUGCACCCGCGGAACCAGGGCUACACCCACUUCUGCCGUCAGGGCCGCUACAGCUACACCCUGCCCAUCUUCCUGCACGGCCCUUACCGUGUCUGGGGGCUCACGGCCAUCUUCACGGAGCUCGUGCUGGAGAUGCUGGUGCCAGGGACUUACCGGCGCAGAGUCCAUUUUGCCGGGCAGCCGAGGAAAGGAGAGACCCGGGCCUAGAGGGCGGGAGGUUCAGCCGGAGCCACUGACGGCGGCCCAGAAAGGCCGCUGGGAACUCGGUCUCUUCCUCUUUUGCCUUUGUACCCGUCGAGAAGGAACUGCGCCAGCUGGGAAGUCCAACACAGGUGGGGGCCCUUUAGCCUUCCAAGGCCGCCACAAGCCGGCUUUCCACAGAAAUCAUGUCCCUGCGCAAAAAUAAGCGGCCGUGGGAGGCGGGCAAAGCCUCCGCCCAGAAGGACGAGCGGGAGACGCCCUCCCUGGUGUCGGGCUGGCCGGCCCGUGAGCUCGCCUCAUCUCGCAUCCCCACUGGGGAUUGCGAUUCCUGGAGCCCGGACCAUAUCUCCCGACUCCACGGCUGUGCUUGGACCGGCCCUGGCGGUCUGCCCUCAUCUCCUCGGCCUCCUGGCCUUCCUGCUGCCUUGGGACCUCCUACCGGAGGCCUUCCCACUGUCACCCUCCUAUUGAAGGCCCUUUUCACUGUUACCCAUUUACUGGAGCCCUUCUUGCUAUCACCCUCCUACCUGAGGACCUCCCUGCUGUCACCCUCCUACUAGAGCCCUUCCCACUGUCACCCUCCUACUGGAGGCUCUUCUCGCUAUCCCCCACCUUCCCCACCCUCUAGGGUCUUCCCCUUUUUGAUUCCUUUCAUUCACACUCCAUAUCUCUUCUGCUCCUCAUUAAUUUGCAAUGCCCCCCCCCCCCCAUCGAUACAUCAGCUCCUUGAGGAAGGGCCCGUUUCUGCCUUAAGCAACCACUUAAUAGAUGUUUGUUGACUGACUGACUGACUGGCUGGCUCUGGAGACUGUCCCUCCCUAUCGAAAGCAAUCCACUGAACUCGAUUCAAAGUAAUAAAUGCUGCCUUCCUCGACCUGAAAA